UAAAUUCCAGGCCAAUCCAAGCCUGUAGCAGGGGUGGGAUUUUUCAGCCAUGACAUGCAAAGUUUUUCAGCGACCCUGUCACUUCGACAUCAUGGCGUAGCGAUGUGCACGGACGGCAGGGUCGUACUGGUGGGCACGGAGAAGUUCAGAACACAACUUUUGUGGAUUUUUCUCAGAAAAAACGAGAAGACGAAACUACGGAAGCGCUGAAAUUCUUCGAGAAGAGUUUGGGUUUGUCAGUGACUGAAGAUGAUGUCUGAUGCCAGCGACAUGUUGGCUGCUGCUCUUGAGCAGAUGGAUGGAAUUAUAGCAGGUUCCAAAGCUAUAGACUACUCCAAUGGUUUGUUUGACUGCCAGUCGCCUACGUCACCUUUUAUGGGUAGUUUGCGAGCGCUUCACCUUUUGGAAGACCUAAGAAGUGUCCUAGAGUUGAUGGACUCGGAGGAAAGGGAGAGUCUACGAUGCCAGAUCCCCGACUCCACAGCUGACAGCCUUGUUGAGUGGCUCCACGGUCACAUGUCUAACGGACACAUUUCAUUGGGUGGAGGUGACCAUUACCAGGAGAGGCUUUCACGACUAGAGAGUGAUAAGGAGUCUCUUGUGCUUCAGGUGAGUGUACUGACAGACCAGGUUGAGGCUCAGGGGGAGAAGAUUCGUGAUCUGGACGUGUGUUUGGAUGAGCACAGGGAGAAGCUCAACGCCACAGAGGAGAUGCUGCAACAGGAGCUUCUGUGUAGAACUGCUCUGGAGACUCAGAAGCUUGAGCUUAUGUCUGAAGUGUCCAACCUUAAGCUGAAACUCAACAGUAUGAAAAACGAGAGGCUUGACUUUGAUGACGGAUUUAGGGACAGUGAGGAUUUGAUUCUUGAAAUUAAUGAGCUGCGGUACAGACUGACUGAACUGGAGACUGAAAAACUACAGUAUGAAAAGAAACUUAAAUCCACUAAGUCACUAAUGGCCAAGCUUUCUAGCCUGAAAAUCAAAAUGGGCCAGAUGCAGUAUGAGAAACAGAGGAAAGAGCACAAACUCCAGGCGAUGAAGGAGGAGCUAGCCAUACUGAGGCGGCAGCUGGAGGGCAAAGACGGAGAGAUGAGGAGACUGCAGGACGAGACGGGCUUCAAGGCCAUCGGCUUGAACGGUGCAGAGCCCACAGACAGAGUCUCUCAUCCAGAUGAAACUCUUAGAAAGAGGCUGAAAGAAAAACAUGUGGAAGUCCAGAGGAUGAAGAAGGCAGUGGAGUCUUUGAUGGCAGCAAAUGAAGAAAAGGAUCGUAAAAUUGAAGAACUGAAACAGUCACUGCUGCGGUACAAGAAAGUUCAAGACAUGGUGAUGUCCGUGCAGGGAAAGAAAGAAACAAAGACAAACGAUAAUGAGCACAUUGAGAGUUCUGGUGAUGGAUGCGCCACAGUCCCAGCUAGCUCUCCGUCUGUGGAGUCAGAAAAACAAGAAGGCACAGAUGCUGAACAACUGAGAGGGAAAAGCCCAGAUGAGAUGGAAAGCCCCAGUAGACUAAGUGAAGAGCCCUCGCCUUCACCCAGCCCGUCUGAUCCAGAGAGAGUGUCAGAAUCUGAACCGGCAGAUGCAGAAAGCAGUCAAGAGAACACAAAGACUGUGACUCAGGAUCACCUGGAUGGGAGCAAAACUGAGCAGAAGACAAGUGAGGAGAUCGGUAGCAUCAGUGAAAAGCCACCCAUAAAUCCUUCAGCCACCUUACCUGCCACCGUAGAGGACGAUCCCUUUGGCUCGAGAAAGGCUCGGUCGUCUUUUGGAAAAGGUUUCUUCAAGAUCCGCGGAGGCAAGAAGACGACCAGUAGUCCAAGCCUUGACCGCAGCAGGAGUGCGAGUGCGCCUAUGCUAGCUGAAACAGAACGACAGGGUACGGACCAUCUCGAUCUGGCAGGGCUGCCACAGAGGUCGAAUAACAGUGACAGCACACACACGCUCCCCACUACUCCAGAAAGCAGAAAAAAAUCCAAAGGAAUAAAAAAGCUCUUUGGGAAGUUAAAAAGGAGCCAGUCUACCACAUUUAAUUUGGAUGACAAUCUACCAGAGGGUGAGUUCAAGCGAGGAGGAGUGCGUGCCACAGCAGGACCCAGACUGGGUUGGUCUCGUGACCUUCAAAGGGUCAACAAUGACGUAGACGCUCCCUUUGCACGCUGGCCGAAGGAUCAGGUGUGCGACUGGCUGCAGGAGCAGGGUCUUGGUCUUUAUGUAAACAUGGCUCGCGCGUGGAUCUCCUCUGGACAGACGCUGCUACAGGCCUCGCAGCUGGACCUGGAGAGGGAGCUGGGCAUCAAACACCCACUGCACAGAAAGAAGCUCCAGCUGGCUCUUCAGGCCCUCGGCUCAGAGGAGGAGGACAAUAAGGGAAAGCUGGACUAUAACUGGGUGACAAGAUGGCUGGAUGACAUCGGCCUGCCUCAGUAUAAGACCCAGUUUGAUGAGGGAAGAGUGGACGGUCGCAUGCUGCACUACAUGACUGUGGAUGACCUGCUUUCCCUGAAGGUGGGCAGCGUUCUGCAUCACCUCAGCAUCAAGAGAGCUAUUCAAGUCCUCCGACUCAACAACUAUGAGCCUAACUGCCUCCGUCGCCGGCCGUCAGACGAGAACAACAUUUCACCGGCAGAGAUUUCCCAGUGGACCAACCACAGGGUGAUGGAGUGGCUGAGGUCUGUGGAUCUCGCUGAAUAUGCUCCCAACCUGAGAGGCAGCGGCGUCCAUGGAGGCCUGAUGGUUCUGGAGCCACGGUUCAAUGUGGAGACGAUGGCUUUGCUGCUGAACAUCCCCCCCAACAAGACUCUGCUGCGGCGCCACCUUGCCACACAUUUCAACCUGCUCAUUGGUUCAGAGGCCCAGCAGCUCAAACAGGAGUGUCUCGAAAACCCAGACUACACUUUGCUUACUGCAACCACUAAGGUCAAGCCAAAGAAACUAUCAUUCGGUAAUUUUGGCAGUCUGAGGAAGAAAAAGCAGGAAGAGAACGAGGAGUAUGUGUGUCCGAUGGACGUGGAGAUGCCAAAGGGUCGGAGCUUCCAAAAAGGCUUCGAGCUCCAAAUCUAUGAAGAUGACCUCGACCGGCUAGAACAGAUGGAGGACUCUGAGGGAACCGUGAGACAGAUUGGUGCUUUCUCUGAGGGCAUUCAGAAUCUGACGAGCAUGCUGAAAGACGACGAACUCUUCAAAGAGAUCUCCAAUUCUCCGAACCCCAGCGUAACCGACGACGACUCCAACGCAUGAGGCUGUCAGCAUCAGACCUGAUCCUGCUGUGAAUGAAACUCUGUGCCAACCCUCUCCACUUGCACACACGCGUCUCAACAAAAAAACAAGAAUGCUCCCACGUUUUCCUCAUUUUUAGUGUUACAUUCAAAGAAGAGCCAAAAGUAUUAGCGUCGUGUCUUUCUAGUUGAUUUUUAAAUGUUGAAGCCUUCGGUCCAGAGGCCACUUUCACUCCUGAACUUAGUCUUCAUUACUCCCGACUGAUGUCAGAGGGAACAUGUAGGAUAACACCACUGUUUGCCUGCCAGCUGGUUUCUGGAGAUAUUAUUUCUGUGUUCUAUUCGGGUACCUUCCUGUUUUAACUGAAGUGAAAACCAGCAAAAAAAAAAAAAACAUCUAGAAAAUGCCUAUAUAGAUUUAAUAUAUGACUUUUAAAUUGCCUUUUGACUGUGGCAAUGCUAGAAGAAAGAGUUGGACUAGAAGUGAUGUGUUGAGACUGUUUCCAUUUUGAAGUUAUAAAGAAAAAACCCUCAAACAGCUGCUAUGUUUUCUACACAACUGAACUCUGCUAAAGGAAAUGAGAACAGUCUUUAAAUAUUAUUCUGUCACUUAUACAUUUACAAAUGUGCAUAUACAGUAUAAAGCAAGAAUCUCGCUGCAUGUUUUGAAACUGCAACACAGUCAUAUACGAACUCAUCAUUGUUUUUACCAAAAAAGGAUUUUUAAUGGAAACCUGCAGUUAUUUCUGGGGAAAUGUUGUGCUGCAAGGAAACGUCUGGUUUUCUCAAAGCGAUAAUGCCCUCUGCAGCUCUCCACCUUCCCUGAAAAGAUGUCUUUUUUGUACACUUAUGCAAUUAAUAAAUCAAUAAAGUAAUUUAAAUA